AUGGUCCUCUACACUGAAGGCGAUGUCGUUGAGUUCCGACCCUUUGGAGGUGAUGUCCAGACUGGCAAGAUCGACAAGAUCGAGACCAAGACCGGUGGACACGUCGACAUCUUCUACCACAUCAACGGCGAGAAGUACAUCUCUGCUCAGUUGAUCGGCAGGGUUCAGAAAUAG